AUGAAGGAUCUGAUCCAAGAACAUUACAAAACAGCUUUCCAAUGCACCGUCGAAGACCAUUUGAAAUUAAUUCAUAAAGAUGAUAUAGCUUAUCAAGAAGUUAUACACAAGUAUUGUUGGCAAUCACUUUGUCAAGAAAAGAAAAUGAAACCGGAAGAUAUCGAUAAAGAAGUAAAAGCUUUACAAGACAUCGAUCUAAAAAAAGAUAAAGAAGGAUUUAAAAAGAAACUCAAAGAGUUAUUGGAUAAAAACUGCGAACCGGACCUUAAAGAAAUAUUCAACAAGUACAAAAAAGACAAACACAGAAUUUCAGACGCAGUAGACGAUGCCUUCGAUGGAGACGAAAAAUCAGCAUUCAAUGUCUUAGUCAGAUACAUCGAGAACACUUGUAUGUUCUACGCUGAUGAAUUAUACCAUGCUGUUAGUGGACCUGGAGCUGAUAUCGAUAAAAUCAACAGAAUAGUCCUAACUAGAUAUGAACGUGAUAUGCUUUGCAUUUUCAAUGAAUACAAAAGUAAACGAGGCGAAACAUUCACCGAGCGUCUCGAUGUAAGAAUUCUAAAAAACUUAAUUUCAUAAUUUGAAGUG